UGCACGGUUCACUACGAGUCCGCGGGGAUGAGUGGCGCCAUUCGUUGGUAGGGUUCCGAAAAUCUGCUUCUGAGGAGUGAAGGCAAUGGAAGUCGCCAGCGCUCGGAACCACUUGGCAAAACGCAAACGAGAUGACACUGCCAUCGCCGCCGACGACGAAGACUCACCCUCCCCACCGCCACAUCCUCUGCCAUCCGAAAAUGGCAGCAUUGAUCUUUCUCUUCUUGAAGCCCUCGAGAAAUCCCAAAACUCUAUCGAAGUCCUGGACAUCCGAACCGUCAAGAAGUUGGCGCUCUCCUUCGAGCGCCGCCUCCGCGACAACAUGGCAGCCCGACUCAAGUACCCCGAUCAGCCGGACCGCUUCGCCGACUCCGAAGUCGAGCUCCACGAGGAGCUCCAGAAGCUCAAGGUCCUCGCCGGCGCACCUGAACUCUAUCCGGACCUUGUCAGCCUCGGCGUAGUUAGGUCGAUUCUCGACCUCUUGUUGCACGACAACACCGACAUCGCCAUUGAUGUGAUAGGCUUGCUCCAAGACCUCACCGACGAGGAUGUCUUGGAGGACAACGAUGAGCCCGCUCGCGUCCUUGUCGAUGCGCUUCUCGAAAACAACGUUCUUGAAUCGCUUGUACAGGUUUUGCAUCGAUUGUCGGAUUCAGAUCCUGACGAGCUGGCUGCGGCGUAUAGUUCGUUUGCGAUCAUUGAAAAUUUGAUCGAGGUGAAGCCGGCGGUUGCGGAGAUGGUGUGCGAGAAGACGAAGCUGUUGAAGUGGUUGUUGCCGAAGAUUAAGGUGAGGGAGUUUGACGGUAACAAGCAGUAUGCGUCGGAGAUACUGGCUAUUCUGCUGCAGAAUAGCACCGCGAAUCAGAAGAGAUUGGGGCAGAUGAAUGGGGUUGAUGUGGUGCUCCAGGCUGUUGCCCUAUAUAAGUCGAAAGACCCGAAGACUGCAGAUGAGGAAGAGUUGGUGGAGAACUUGUUCGACUGUUUGUGUUGUUUGUUGAUGCCGUUGGAGAACAAGGAGAGGUUUGUUAAGGCUGAAGGGGUGGAGCUUAUGAUUAUUAUUAUGAAGCAGAAGAAAUUGGCUUAUGGGUCUGCAAUAAGGGCGCUUGAUUUUGCAAUGACAAAUUAUCCGCCUGCUUGUGAGCGGUUUGUGGAUGUUUUGGGUUUGAAGACUGCGUUUUCUGCUUUCAUGGGUAAGAUACCCAUAACUAAGAAGAAUAAGAAGGAACGCUACAUUGAGGAGCUAGAGGAGCGCCUGAUAUCAAUAAUUGCAUCAUUAUUUGGUGGAAUUUUGCGAGGUUCUAGAAGGGAGAGAUUGUUAAGUAAGUUUGUCGAGAAUGAAUGCGAAAAGAUAGACCGGCUUAUGGAAUUUUAUAUGAGAUAUUCUGAUAGAAUUGAAGCAGAAACUGAACGGCUGAACAAGCUUGAACUUGAUGAUUUUGAGAUGGAUGAAGAAGAAAAAUACAAUCGCAAGCUGGAAUCUGGACUCUACACCCUUCAGUUGAUUGCUGUUAUUCUGGGUCAUCUUUGGACUUCUGAGCACCCUCGUAUGAGAGCAAGAAUUGAACUACUCCUGAAGCAACAAAAACUUACUAAGAAGCACAUCAAGGACAUACUUCAGGAAUAUCAUGACAACAUUGGGGAUUUGGAUGGUCCGGAAGAAAAGGAACGAGCACAAUCAAAAAUGCAGAAGUUCAUCUCAACUUUUUAAAGGCUUUCAGUGGCUGAAAUCUGAUGCGAAGUUUUUUGGUUCAGUGCCAGAUGUACGAAUGCGUGUCCGAUGCUUGCAAAUUGUUAUUCCCUGUUGACUGCUGCAUUCAAAAUAUUUAUCACCUGGAUGGUCUGAAGUCCUUAUGCCAGCUUUUGUGAUAUUCUAGUUUUAAGAUUGAUACUUGCUCAGCCUAUAUUAAUAGCUUUUUCGAUUCCUAGGUUAGUCGAAUUAUAAUGUGAGUACUGAUCCAGAGUUUGUAACCUCAGGUUUUUAGAAUGAAUUGAAUUGAAUUUAUGGCGGUA